CAAUGAAAAAUAGUUGCCUUGCGAUUCUUAUUAUAGAGUCUCUACUCUAGGUAGCACUCGAGCUAUGGUCUUGUGUUGCGCGAAUCUUUGGCAGAUCCGGUAGUAGCGCUCGUGCCGCGCGUUUUGUGUUGGGUAGUCGGGUAUUCUCCUCCGCUCUCCUCGUCGAAGUUUGAGUGCGUUGGCUUCUCGCGAGUCGCACAGGCGCGAGCGGGAAGAGAGGCGAUCGCGCUCUCGAACCCGGUGGAGGAGACAUAAACGAACGCGGUGAAUUAUCAGAUUUCGGUAGUGAGAGUGCAUCGAGUGAAGGAGAGGCGUUCGCGAGACGAGUUCUCCGCUUGAAAACGGCGGUGAGGGACCUUGUCCUGGUCGUGCGCUCUUAGCGGCUCCGCCGAAACGAAAAUGGCGGGCCGUGUCGGAGGCAGCGGUCGCCGCCGACAGUGUUGAGUCGUCGUAACGGACACGUGUGGUGGCGAUCGUCCAAUUGCUACCUGUACGCUGUACGUGCUGUACGUUGGAAUUUUUUUUUUCACUUCCGGUGCGCGCGCGCGCUGCGCGCCGCUCAUUGUUGCCGAGCACCGAUCAUAAAUCGGACUGCGAACGGAAAGAAAACGGUAUACCUGAGUAUAUUGUAACAGUUGAGCGUAAACUCGUUGGUAGUAGUAAUACAUACUCUGUUCGAAAGAGAGACACACACCGUAGCGACCGUGCGAAUCUGUAAAGUUGGAGGGAGGAAGGGAACAGACGAAGAAAGAAAGAGAGAGAGAGAGAGAGAGAAAGAAAUAGAGAAGGACAGAGACACGGGGCAAAUAGAAAGAGCGAAAACCCCGAGGGGUACAGCACAGUUGGACAGAGGACGCAGUGGCGGCGAGAUAUAGGACGGAGUGAAAGUUAAAUAGCUUUAAAUCGACAAUGGACAAACAAACACGAUGGAGUGAUUACGUCGCGAGGUGUUGACUGUCCGAUAGCGACGAGGAGCGUGCGGGUCUGUGUUGAGAGAAAGAGAUAGAGAUAGAGCUAGAGAAAGAGAGAGAGAGAGACACAGAGAGAAACAGAGAGCGAAAGAGAGAGAGAGAGAGAGAGAGAGAGAGAAAUAGAGAAGGACAGAGACACGGGGCAAAUAGAAAGAGCGAAAACCCCGAGGGGUACAGCACAGUUGGACAGAGGACGCAGUGGCGGCGAGAUAUAGGACGGAGUGAAAGUUAAAUAGCUUUAAAUCGACAAUGGACAAACAAACACGAUGGAGUGAUUACGUCGCGAGGUGUUGACUGUCCGAUAGCGACGAGGAGCGUGCGGGUCUGUGUUGAGAGAAAGAGAUAGAGAUAGAGAUAGAGCUAGAGAGAGAGAGAGAGAGAGAGACACAGAGAGAAACAGAGAGCGAAAGAGAGAGAGAGAGAGAGAGAGAGAGAGAUAGAGUGCCGCCGAUCGGCGGCGGCGGCGGCGACGGCGGAUCGUGAGAUUGUAACACGUUGCGGAGGACGAGAAGCCUUGAUGCCGAUGCCGGCCGAAUACCACGAGGGUCACGGUAACCACGAGAACGCCAAUUUCGCUCUCGGGUCCACGCAGGACGCCAGCAACAUGACGGCCAACAUGUACCGGGUGGGAGAUUAUGUGUAUUUCGAAACUUCCACCUCAUCACCGUACCAGAUUAGAAGGAUAGAAGAAUUAAAUAAGACCGCAAAUGGAAAUGUGGAAGCAAAAGUCAUGUGCUUCUUCAGGCGGAGGGAUUUACCUUCUACCUUAGUUAUGCUCGCGGACAAACAUCAAUUGGCAAGCGCGGAGCAGCAGAGGUCAGAAUCCCCUGCGAGCACGCAGAAUCAGAAACUCGAGAACCCUGACACUACUAAGGAAAUGACUAGUAAAGAUGGGAUUGGGCCCAAAGUGAUGAUCAAAGGGGGCGGGAAAGGGGGCUGGCUGAAGGCCCCAUUAUCGGAGGCCCAAGAGCCCCAUGGGAUGGAGGACAGUGUUCCUGGUGGAGUAACGGAAUUAAAUACUAAGCAACGUCACCAAAUGAAACAUAGAGAAUUGUUUUUAUCGCGACAAGUGGAGACCAUGCCUGCUACGCAUAUUCGGGGCAAAUGCUGCGUAACAUUACUAAACGAAACCGAAUCCUUGUUAAGCUAUCUAAACAAGGAGGAUUCAUUUUUUUACUGUUUAGUAUUUGAUCCUGCUCAACGUACUUUGCUUGCCGACAAAGGUGAAAUUAGAGUAGGUAGUAGAUAUCAGGCGAUAGAUAUACCGGCGGUAUUGACGGCCGCAGAAAAAGAAGGGGAUUCUCGUAAGUUACAAGAUUUGGAGACUCUGGUUUGGACUCCGAGACACAAUUUGACAGAUCGUCAAAUUGAUCAAUUCCUUGUGAUUAGUAGAUCAGUAGGCACCUUCGCAAGAGCCUUGGAUUGCUCGUCCUCCAUCAAGCAACCCUCUUUGCAUAUGUCUGCAGCUGCUGCAUCUAGAGAUAUUACUUUGUUCCAUGCGAUGGAUACCUUACAUCUGCACGGCUAUGAUUUAUCGAAUGCCUUAGCAUCUCUCGUACCUAGUACCGGUCCGGUGCUAUGUCGGGACGAAAUGGAAGAAUGGAGCGCAUCCGAGGCAAAUCUAUUCGAAGAAGCGCUCGAUAAAUAUGGAAAGGACUUUGCUGAUAUACGAACGGACUUUUUACCAUGGAAAACAUUAAAGAAUGUAAUCGAGUAUUAUUACAUGUGGAAAACGACGGAUCGAUAUGUUCAACAGAAAAGAGUGAAGGCUGUAGAGGCGGAGAGUAAGCUGAAGCAAGUUUAUAUACCAAAUUAUAAUAAGACUCCCGCAUCGACUACCGCACCUUCUACGGCCACAAUCGUACCUCUGGGCAAUAGCAACAGCAAUAGUAACGGAAAACCAACCAAUAUUCUGAAUGGUAACAGUAACGGUAGCAUGGUGGCCGACAAUUCUGGAAUACUUAUGGUCGGAGUCGGUGGAAAACCAUGCGAAGGCUGUCAGGGCGUGCAGAGUCCGCAGUGGUAUGCGUGGGGACCGUCGCAUAUGCAGUAUCGUCUCUGUCAGUCCUGUUGGAUGUACUGGAAGAAAUACGGAGGACUUAAGGUGCCAUCGCGCAUCGAUGACGUCGAUCUCGAGAGAAAACGUACUGGCGCAGGAUCGGACGAAGAGAGCAAGGGUAUGGGCGGCGCGCACAGGCCACAUCGAUGCAACGUUCCCACUUGUGGCAAGGAGUUUAAGUUGAAAGCUCACUUAAGUCGUCACUACGCGAGUACGCACGGAGUGGAUCUGCGCGGCGCCGCCGGAAGCGGCGGUGGCGGGAGCGGAUCACCGCGACCUGUUAUGAAGACUCGAUCCGCGUUUUACUUGCGCACCUCCCUAUUGGCCCGCGCCGCACGACGACUCUGCCCUGCGCAAUUGCGAACGCGUCAUGCCGCGAGAGCGCCGCAUCAACCGGUAAAUACAAUGUCGUUGCGACAUUUUUGCGUUCAGUUGGCCUCCAAGAGUCCCGCGGAACUCCGUAUCCUGGCGCGCGCUGUACGACCACGGCCGCGUCCACGUGUGACUGACAUCGCUUCGCGUCUGGGCGAUCUGAAUGGAGACUGGGAUUGGUUGAUGCUGACUACCCCGGCACAACGUAAGCAGCCUGACCGGGUUUCGUUUCCACGUCCGCCAAAGGCACCUGACGGCAGUCUUUUAUACGAGAGGGUGCCGAAUAAACCCGAAGUGGAUAGGCUUACGGUGACGCCACCUCAACCGCAACCAGUCAUGUCGACCCAGCAGAAUAUUAUGAAGCGCGCAAGACCUUUUGACGAAAUCAAUGGUUCAGAUGGUAUCGCUCUAAAUGCGGCGCUUCCUCCCAGUGGACCUCCCGCGAAAAGGAUUCAUCACGCGCAGCAACUGCAUCCAAAGCACACGCUAGAACAUCCUACGCCCGCUGUUCUUCCUCUCGCACCACCUCUCAAUGGCAGAGCUACUCAUCCACAUACGUUACCCCACGGUGCACCGUUGUCUAGAAGUAAUGCGCGUAAACAAGUUAUUUCGUGGAUGGAUGCGCCUGAUGAUGUAUACUUUCGCGCCACCGAACAGAUCAAACGAGUUAGAAGAACUCUAGCCUCGGUGGAAUUGCGAAGAGCAGCGCGUAAGCCGUGGCGCAGAUUGUCGAUCCCUCUGCAUCCGCCUCACCUUCAAAGAACGGUGCGCGGUGAAGACAUGGUCGUCAUCUUGGACUGAAUCCGUAAUACAAUCGGAUAAUAUUGUGUAUGUUGGUUCGCUACACAUGAAACCAA